CCGGCCCGCACUUCCCGAGCACCGCUCCGCCCCCGGAGGGAGAGAGAGAGAGAGGCGGCCGAGAAGCCGAGGAGGCCCGCCGUGACCCGCCAGCCAGGGCGCGAGAGAAGUGAGAGCAGCGCAGCGCGGAGCUGCGAGUCCCGCCGUCGCGCCCCGACAGCGCCCCCUGACAGCGCCCCAACCCGAGCCCAGCCCAGCCGAGCCGGCCCGCAGCCCUCGCCCCAGCCCGCGCCAGCAUGAUGAACAACAGCGGCUACUCGGAGCCCGCCGGCCUCGGCCUGGGCGACGAGGCGGACGACAUGCCGUCCACGGAGAAGGACCUGGCGGAGGACGCGCCGUGGAAGAAGAUCCAGCAGAACACGUUCACGCGCUGGUGCAACGAGCACCUCAAGUGCGUGGGCAAGCGCCUGACCGACCUGCAGCGCGACCUCAGCGACGGGCUGCGCCUCAUCGCGCUGCUCGAGGUGCUCAGCCAGAAGCGCAUGUACCGCAAGUUCCACCCGCGCCCCAACUUCCGCCAGAUGAAGCUGGAGAACGUGUCCGUGGCCCUCGAGUUCCUCGAGCGCGAGCACAUCAAGCUCGUGUCCAUCGACAGCAAGGCCAUUGUGGAUGGGAAUCUGAAGCUGAUCCUGGGCCUGAUCUGGACGCUGAUCCUGCACUACUCCAUCUCCAUGCCCAUGUGGGAAGAUGAGGAUGAUGAAGAUGCCCGCAAACAGACACCCAAGCAGCGUCUGCUUGGCUGGAUCCAGAACAAGGUGCCCCAACUGCCCAUCACCAACUUCAACCGCGACUGGCAGGAUGGCAAAGCUCUGGGCGCCCUGGUGGACAACUGUGCCCCUGGCCUUUGCCCCGACUGGGAGGCCUGGGACCCCAACCAGCCUGUGGAGAACGCCCGGGAGGCCAUGCAGCAGGCGGACGACUGGCUCGGGGUGCCCCAGGUGAUUGCCCCCGAGGAGAUUGUGGACCCCAACGUGGAUGAGCAUUCUGUCAUGACCUACUUGUCACAGUUCCCCAAGGCCAAGCUCAAACCUGGUGCCCCUGUUCGCUCCAAGCAGCUGAACCCCAAGAAGGCCAUUGCCUAUGGGCCUGGCAUCGAGCCCCAGGGCAACACGGUGCUGCAGCCUGCCCACUUCACCGUGCAGACGGUGGAUGCCGGUGUGGGUGAGGUGCUGGUCUACAUUGAGGAUCCCGAGGGCCACACCGAGGAGGCGAAGGUGGUUCCCAACAACGACAAGGACCGCACCUAUGCUGUCUCCUACGUGCCCAAGGUUGCUGGGUUGCACAAGGUGACCGUGCUCUUUGCUGGCCAGAACAUUGAACGUAGCCCCUUUGAGGUGAACGUGGGCAUGGCCCUGGGAGAUGCCAACAAGGUCUCAGCCCGUGGCCCUGGCCUGGAGCCUGUGGGCAACGUGGCCAACAAACCCACCUACUUUGACAUCUACACUGCGGGGGCCGGCACUGGUGAUGUUGCUGUGGUGAUCGUGGACCCGCAGGGCCGGCGGGACACAGUGGAGGUGGCCCUGGAGGACAAGGGCGACAGCACGUUCCGCUGCACAUACAGGCCUGUGAUGGAGGGGCCCCACACGGUGCAUGUGGCCUUCGCUGGUGCCCCCAUCACUCGCAGUCCUUUCCCCGUCCAUGUGGCAGAAGCCUGUAACCCCAACGCCUGCCGCGCCUCUGGGCGGGGCCUGCAGCCCAAGGGUGUGCGUGUGAAAGAAGUGGCUGACUUCAAGGUGUUCACCAAGGGGGCUGGCAGUGGAGAGCUCAAGGUCACAGUCAAGGGGCCAAAGGGCACAGAAGAGCUGGUGAAGGUGCGGGAGGCUGGGGACGGUGUGUUCGAGUGUGAGUACUACCCUGUGGUGCCUGGAAAGUAUGUGGUGACCAUCACUUGGGGCGGCUAUGCCAUCCCCCGCAGUCCCUUUGAGGUACAGGUGAGCCCAGAGGCAGGAGCUCAGAAGGUACGGGCCUGGGGGCCUGGUUUGGAAACUGGGCAGGUGGGCAAGUCAGCCGACUUUGUGGUGGAGGCCAUUGGCACGGAGGUGGGGACACUGGGCUUCUCCAUUGAGGGGCCUUCGCAGGCCAAGAUCGAGUGUGAUGACAAGGGGGAUGGCUCUUGCGAUGUGCGGUACUGGCCCACAGAGCCCGGGGAGUAUGCUGUGCAUGUCAUCUGCGACGAUGAGGACAUCCGCGACUCGCCCUUCAUUGCCCACAUCCAGCCAGCGCCCCCUGACUGCUUCCCAGACAAGGUGAAGGCUUUUGGGCCUGGCCUGGAGCCCACCGGCUGUAUCGUGGACAAGCCUGCGGAGUUCACCAUUGAUGCCUCUGCAGCUGGCAAGGGAGACCUGAAGCUCUAUGCCCAGGACGCCGACGGCUGCCCCAUAGACAUCAAAGUCUUCCCUGCUGGCAACGGCAUCUUCCGCUGCUCCUACGUGCCCACGAAGCCCAUUAAACACACCAUCAUCAUCUCCUGGGGAGGCGUCAACGUGCCCAAGAGCCCCUUCCGGGUAAAUGUGGGAGAGGGCAGUCACCCUGAGAGAGUGAAGGUGUACGGCCCUGGCGUGGAGAAGACGGGCCUCAAGGCCAACGAGCCCACCUAUUUCACCGUGGACUGCAGCGAGGCAGGGCAAGGUGACGUGAGCAUUGGCAUCAAGUGCGCCCCUGGCGUGGUGGGCCCUGCAGAGGCUGACAUCGACUUUGACAUCAUCAAGAAUGACAAUGACACCUUCACAGUCAAGUACACACCCCCAGGGGCUGGCCGCUACACCAUCAUGGUGCUGUUUGCCAACCAGGAGAUCCCUGCCAGCCCCUUCCACAUCAAGGUGGACCCCUCCCAUGAUGCCAGCAAGGUCAAGGCUGAGGGCCCUGGGCUGAACCGCACAGGUGUGGAAGUUGGGAAGCCCACUCACUUCACGGUCCUGACCAAGGGAGCUGGCAAGGCCAAGCUGGACGUGCACUUUGCCGGGGCCGGCAAGGGCGAGGCUGUGCGGGACUUUGAAAUCAUCGACAACCAUGACUACUCCUACACCGUCAAGUACACGGCCGUCCAGCAGGGCAACAUGGCAGUGACAGUGACCUAUGGUGGGGACCCUGUCCCCAAGAGUCCCUUUGUGGUGAAUGUGGCACCGCCUCUGGACCUCAGCAAAGUCAAAGUUCAAGGCCUCAACAGUAAGGUGGCUGUGGGGCAAGAACAGGCAUUCUCCGUGAACACACGAGGGGCUGGCGGUCAGGGCCAGCUGGAUGUACGGAUGACCUCACCCUCCCGACGACCCAUCCCCUGCAAGCUGGAGCCGGGGGGUGGAGCUGAAGCCCAGGCUGUGCGCUACAUGCCCCCUGAGGAGGGGCCCUACAAGGUGGACAUCACCUAUGACGGUCACCCAGUACCGGGCAGCCCCUUCACUGUGGAGGGUGUCCUGCCCCCUGACCCCUCCAAGGUUUGUGCUUAUGGCCCUGGUCUCAAAGGCGGGCUGGUAGGCACCCCGGCACCGUUCUCCAUCGACACCAAGGGGGCUGGCACCGGUGGCCUGGGGCUGACUGUGGAGGGCCCCUGUGAGGCCAAGAUCGAGUGCCAGGACAAUGGUGAUGGCUCAUGUGCUGUAAGCUACCUGCCCACGGAGCCGGGCGAGUACACCAUCAACAUCCUGUUCGCCGAAGCGCACAUCCCCGGCUCGCCCUUCAAGGCUACCAUCCGGCCCGUGUUCGACCCAAGCAAGGUGCGGGCAAGUGGGCCGGGCCUGGAGCGUGGCAAGGCUGGCGAGGCAGCCACCUUCACUGUGGACUGCUCGGAGGCGGGCGAGGCUGAGCUGACCAUCGAGAUCCUGUCGGACGCUGGCGUCAAGGCUGAGGUGCUGAUCCACAACAAUGCUGAUGGCACCUACCACAUCACCUACAGCCCCGCCUUCCCUGGCACCUACACGAUUACCAUCAAGUAUGGUGGGCACCCCGUACCCAAAUUCCCCACCCGCGUCCACGUGCAGCCUGCUGUCGACACCAGUGGAAUCAAGGUCUCGGGGCCUGGUGUGGAGCCACACGGUGUCCUGCGUGAAGUGACCACUGAGUUCACUGUGGACGCAAGAUCCCUAACAGCCACCGGUGGGAACCAUAUUACGGCUCGUGUGCUCAACCCCUCGGGCGCUAAGACGGAUACCUACGUGACAGACAACGGGGACGGCACCUACAGAGUGCAGUACACGGCCUAUGAAGAAGGCGUGCAUUUGGUGGAGGUGCUGUAUGAUGAUGUAGCUGUGCCCAAGAGCCCCUUCCGAGUGGGUGUGACUGAAGGCUGUGACCCCACCCGCGUCCGGGCCUAUGGGCCAGGCCUGGAGGGUGGCUUGGUCAACAAGGCCAACCGCUUCACUGUGGAGACCAGGGGAGCUGGCACCGGCGGCCUAGGCCUAGCCAUUGAGGGCCCCUCGGAAGCCAAGAUGUCCUGCAAGGACAACAAGGAUGGCAGCUGCACCGUAGAGUACAUCCCCUUCACCCCUGGAGACUACGACGUCAACAUCACCUUUGGGGGGCGGCCCAUCCCAGGGAGCCCAUUCCGGGUGCCGGUGAAGGAUGUGGUGGACCCUGGGAAGGUGAAGUGCUCAGGACCAGGGCUGGGGGCCGGUGUCAGGGCCCGGGUACCCCAGACCUUCACAGUGGACUGCAGCCAGGCUGGCCGGGCCCCCCUGCAGGUGGCCGUGCUGGGCCCCACAGGUGUGGCUGAGCCUGUGGAGAUACGUGACAAUGGAGAUGGCACCCACACUGUCCACUACACCCCGGCCACUGACGGGCCCUACACAGUAGCCGUCAAGUACGCCGACCAGGAGGUGCCACGCAGCCCCUUCAAGAUCAAGGUGCUUCCAGCCCACGAUGCCAGCAAGGUGCGGGCCAGCGGCCCCGGCCUCAAUGCCGCUGGCAUCCCUGCCAGCCUGCCUGUGGAGUUCACCAUCGAUGCCCGGGACGCUGGUGAGGGCUUGCUCACUGUCCAGAUCCUGGACCCCGAAGGUAAGCCCAAGAAGGCCAACAUCCGAGACAAUGGGGAUGGCACGUACACCGUGUCCUACCUACCAGACAUGAGUGGCCGGUAUACCAUCACCAUCAAGUACGGCGGUGACGAGAUCCCCUACUCGCCCUUCCGCAUCCAUGCCCUGCCCACUGGGGACGCCAGCAAGUGCCUCGUCACAGUGUCCAUUGGAGGCCAUGGCCUGGGCGCCUGCCUGGGACCCCGCAUCCAGAUCGGGGAGGAGACGGUGAUAACGGUGGACGCCAAGGCGGCAGGCAAGGGGAAGGUGACGUGCACAGUGUCCACGCCAGAUGGGGCGGAGCUCGACGUGGACGUGGUUGAGAACCAUGAUGGUACAUUCGACAUCUACUACACAGCACCCGAGCCGGGCAAGUACGUCAUCACCAUCCGCUUUGGAGGCGAGCACAUCCCCAACAGCCCCUUCCACGUGCUGGUGGCCCUACAGGACAAUGAAGCCCUCCAGAGGGUAAAGCACCCAGAUACCCAUCAUGCCCCCUGGGCAGCCCAGGAUUGUGGGUCCCUGGGUCAUUCCCCAAGUGAGCUCCUAGUCACUGGAGCUGGUGUGUACUGGCCUGCCACAUCCUGUGCUCUCCCGUGCCUUGCCUCCCAGGCGUGUGACCCCAUGCCCCACGUGGAGGAGCCCUCUGACGUGCUGCAGCUGCACCGACCCAGCACCUACCCCCAACACUGGGCCACAGAGGAGCCAGUGGUGCCUGUGGAGCCAAUGGAGUCCAUGCUGAGGCCCUUCAACCUGGUCAUCCCCUUCACUGUGCAGAAAGGGGAGCUCACAGGGGAGGUGCGGAUGCCUUCCGGGAAAACCGCCCGGCCCAACAUCACCGACAACAAGGACGGCACCAUCACGGUGAGGUACGCGCCCACUGAGAAAGGCCUGCACCAGAUGGGGAUCAAGUAUGAUGGCAACCACAUCCCUGGGAGCCCCCUGCAGUUCUAUGUGGAUGCCAUCAACAGCCGCCAUGUCAGUGCCUACGGGCCAGGCCUGAGCCAUGGCAUGGUCAACAAGCCAGCCACCUUCACCAUUGUCACCAAGGAUGCUGGGGAAGGAGGUCUGUCCCUUGCCGUGGAGGGCCCGUCCAAAGCAGAGAUCACCUGCAAGGACAACAAGGAUGGCACCUGCACCGUGUCCUACCUGCCCACAGCGCCUGGAGACUAUAGCAUCAUCGUGCGCUUUGAUGACAAGCACAUCCCGGGGAGCCCCUUCACAGCCAAGAUCACAGGCGAUGACUCCAUGAGGACGUCACAGCUAAACGUGGGCACCUCCACGGAUGUGUCACUGAAGAUCACCGAGAGUGACCUGAGCCUGCUGACCGCCAGCAUCCGUGCCCCCUCGGGCAACGAGGAGCCCUGCCUGCUAAAGCGCCUGCCCAACCGGCACAUCGGCAUCUCCUUCACCCCCAAGGAAGUUGGGGAGCAUGUGGUGAGCGUGCGCAAGAGUGGCAAGCACGUCACCAACAGCCCCUUCAAGAUCCUGGUGGGGCCAUCUGAGAUCGGGGAUGCUAGCAAGGUGCGGGUCUGGGGCAAGGGCCUAUCCGAGGGACAGACCUUCCAGGUGGCAGAGUUCAUCGUGGACACUCGUAAUGCAGGUUAUGGGGGCCUGGGGCUGAGUAUUGAAGGCCCUAGCAAGGUGGACAUCAACUGUGAGGACAUGGAGGAUGGCACAUGCAAAGUCACCUACUGCCCCACUGAACCUGGCACCUACAUCAUCAACAUCAAGUUUGCUGACAAGCACGUGCCAGGAAGCCCCUUCACUGUGAAGGUUACCGGCGAGGGCCGCAUGAAGGAAAGCAUCACCCGGCGCAGGCAGGCACCUUCCAUCGCCACCAUCGGCAGCACCUGUGAUCUCAACCUCAAGAUCCCAGGGAACUGGUUCCAGAUGGUGUCUGCCCAGGAGCGCCUGACACGCACCUUCACACGCAGCAGCCACACAUACACCCGCACGGAGCGCACGGAGAUUAGCAAGACGCGGGGCGGGGAGACCAAGCGCGAGGUGCGGGUGGAGGAGUCCACCCAGGUUGGCGGAGACCCCUUCCCCGCUGUCUUCGGGGACUUCCUGGGCCGCGAACGCCUGGGCUCCUUUGGCAGCAUCACUCGGCAGGAGGGUGAGGCCAGCUCUCAGGACAUGACCGCACAGGUGACCAGCCCAUCAGGCAAGACAGAAGCCGCAGAGAUCGUCGAGGGCGAGGACAGUGCAUACAGCGUGCGCUUUGUGCCCCAGGAGAUGGGGCCACAUACGGUCACUGUCAAGUACCGUGGCCAGCAUGUGCCCGGCAGCCCCUUUCAGUUCACCGUGGGGCCACUGGGUGAAGGUGGUGCCCACAAGGUGCGGGCCGGAGGCACAGGGCUGGAGCGAGGUGUGGCUGGCGUGCCAGCUGAGUUCAGCAUCUGGACCCGAGAAGCAGGUGCCGGGGGCCUGUCUAUUGCCGUGGAGGGUCCCAGCAAGGCGGAGAUUGCAUUUGAAGACCGCAAAGAUGGCUCCUGCGGGGUCUCCUAUGUUGUCCAGGAACCAGGUGACUAUGAGGUCUCUAUCAAGUUCAACGAUGAGCACAUCCCAGACAGCCCCUUUGUGGUACCCGUGGCCUCCCUCUCAGAUGACGCUCGCCGCCUCACUGUUACCAGCCUCCAGGAGACGGGGCUCAAGGUGAACCAGCCAGCGUCCUUUGCAGUACAGUUGAAUGGUGCGCGGGGCGUGAUCGAUGCGAGGGUACACACGCCCUCGGGGGCGGUGGAAGAGUGCUAUGUCUCCGAGCUGGACAGUGACAAGCACACCAUCCGCUUCAUCCCCCAUGAGAAUGGCGUCCACUCCAUCGAUGUCAAGUUCAAUGGUGCCCACAUCCCUGGCAGUCCCUUCAAGAUCCGUGUUGGGGAGCAGAGCCAGGCUGGGGACCCAGGCUUGGUGUCAGCCUAUGGUCCCGGGCUUGAGGGAGGCACCACAGGUGUGUCAUCAGAGUUCAUCGUCAACACCCUGAAUGCUGGCUCGGGGGCCUUGUCUGUGACCAUUGAUGGCCCCUCCAAGGUGCAGCUGGACUGUCGGGAAUGUCCUGAGGGCCACGUGGUCACUUACACACCCAUGGCCCCUGGCAACUACCUCAUUGCCAUCAAGUAUGGGGGCCCGCAGCACAUCGUGGGCAGCCCCUUCAAGGCCAAAGUCACAGGUCCCCGGCUAUCUGGAGGCCACAGCCUUCAUGAAACAUCCACAGUUCUGGUGGAGACUGUCACCAAGUCAUCCUCAAGCCGCGGCUCCAGCUACAGCUCCAUCCCCAAGUUCUCCUCGGAUGCCAGCAAGGUGGUGACACGGGGCCCCGGGCUAUCCCAGGCCUUUGUGGGCCAGAAGAACUCCUUCACCGUGGACUGCAGCAAAGCAGGCACUAACAUGAUGAUGGUGGGUGUGCACGGGCCCAAGACCCCCUGUGAGGAGGUGUACGUGAAGCACAUGGGGAACCGGGUGUACAACGUCACCUACACCGUCAAGGAGAAAGGAGACUACAUCCUCAUCGUCAAGUGGGGUGACGAGAGUGUCCCCGGAAGCCCCUUCAAAGUCAACGUGCCGUGAAUCCCAAAGUGCCUCCCCCAGCCUUGGCCCCCACCUCUGGCCGAACACACACUCUCACACACACACACACACACACACACACACGUGCCACACCCAGAUGCACACUCGCAGAAUCAGUUACCACAAACGCCUGCCUUGGUGUGUGACAUGAAUGGCACAGCCUCUCCACCCUGCUGUGCCCCCAGGGGUUGGAGGGCCUUGUCUGUCUCAGGGCAGUGUCCCUCCCCUCAAAUGUGACAUGAGGGCAGACUGGGGGUUGGGGGGGCCAGGGAAGCCCUGAGUUUUCUGAUGGGCCUGAGGUCAGUGGGGGAGCACAUGUUUGGGGGUGUCUGCAUGUGUGAGAGAGAUUACCCUCAAACCGCACUGCCGGCCGUACUCCUUGCCGCUGAGGACUGUGUCUGGCCCCUCUGGUGGCCACAACCACCAGAGUGUUAAGGACUUGGAAAAGCAAGCACAAUCAGAGAAGAAAACAGACCCAGAACCAGCGGCAGCACUGGCACGUGGCCCAGCGGGGGGUGAUUUAUCCUCCGCCCCAGCCAGGCUUCCUGGGGGACUGAUUUCUCUUUUUUUAUGGUUGCACAGCUCUGCCCCACAGGGGGCCUUUUUUACACACUGCGAGGCCCAGCUUUCUGGGGGGACUUUUGCACAUGUCAUGCGGCUCAGCUGGGAGCCACUUAGGUGGAAAACUCCAAAUAAAGUGCAGCCUGUCGCAGA